AUGGCGUUUAAAUCACUUAUUCCUUUUAAAGGGAUUCUUGAACGUUGCUUAGAUAAUAUUAGGGAAAGACGACCAUCUUCAAAGGAAGUUGUAGAACAUCUUGAAAGGGCGUUACAUUUCCAAGAGCAAGAGGGAAAUUUUAGAAUGUCACUUGAUAACAUUCUAAGGGGAGGAAAUUUUGGGAGUGUAUACAAAGGGGAAUUUGCAAAUGUAGAUGGUCAGCGACAUUAUAUUGCUAUUGUGAAAAGGUUCGAUACAAGGGUUGGUGAAGGGAAGGAACAAUACUCGAAUGAGUUUUAUGCUCUUGGUCGGUGUAAGCAUGAGAAUAUCAUCACCCUAUUAGGAUUCCUUAAUGAAAUGGAUGAAAAAAUCUUAGUUUAUGAACAUGCAUCUAAGAGGAGCCUUGACAAGUAUUUGACUGAUGCUAGUCUUAUGUGGACAAACAGACUUAAGAUAUGCAUUGGUCUUGCAAUCGGAUUAAACUUCCUUCAUAAUGGUGUCGAUGAAAGAAAGACGGUCAUCCACAGGGACAUCAAAUCUUCCAACAUUAUGUUGUUUGAUGAUUGGAAGGCAAAGAUUGGUGGAUUUGGUCUUUCAAGUAUAAUAAGUGAAAAUACAAAGUUAACCAUCGAUCUUGCUAGCAACACAUCAAGCUACGUUGAUCCUCUCUACUUAAAAUCGGGCAUGCUAGCCAUAGAAUCUGAUAUUUAUUCAUUUGGCGUGGUUUUAUUUGAGAUCUUGUGUGGGAAAGUGGUAUAUGAAAUCGACAAACAUGAAAGUGAGUCUCUACUUAGUUUCAUUAAACAGAAAUUUGAAAAAAGAAAGCAAGAUGAUGUUGUGUUCAAGGGUAUAAAGGAAGAGAUUGCGCCAAAAUCAUUGACCACAUAUCUAAACAUUCUCUACCAAUGUUUAGAUGAUGAUCUAAAGAAACGACCAUCAUCAACAGAGGUUCUACAACAACUCAGACGGGCAUUUAAACUCCAAGUGAGGAAUGACGAGAGCAUAGAUAGUUCUCUUUCAAUUCUUAGUUACAUGGCACAAACAAAAUCUGCCAAGGCCAAAUCAAGAGGGCAGAGACUUAUUAGGACCGGUUGA